GUAGAGUGUUGACUGCUGUUGAGCAGAAGUGUCCGUUUUUAAAACUGUGUUUGAGUGUGGCUGUGUGUUUUGGGAAACAUACUUUUUUUCCAAUGGCUGAGGAUAUAGAAAUGGAAGAUGAAAACUUCCUUGAACUAAUAUUAAGCAAUCUGUUUAGAAAAGAUUCAAAUGGUGAGGCAAUCGACUUCUAUUUAAGACGAACUCGGUUAGGUCGUCAGGACAACGUAGAAAAAGAAGAAAAGUUUAAGAAACUAAAAGAACAAAUUAAGAAAUGUGGAGGACAUCUUGGGGAGGAACCUAGAGGUUGUCAUGCCAUAGAGCUUGUGUUUCCUGAAUAUAUUACAGACAUUGAUGGAAUCGAUUCUGACCUUUUUAAAGCUGAGUACAUAGAAGAAUGCAUGAAGUGUGGAGAUCUUCUUGAUCUGGAGCAAUUCAGGCUCGGCAAGUCACCUUAUAGUUCAAUCAACAUCAACAUGAUUAUGAAAGGAUAUGAAACAUGGGACUCUGUAUCAAGAACUAGUCCUCAGAAAGGCAGAAAGCUUCCAGACUUUGGAUUACCUCUCCAAACCUCUCCAGAAAAAUUCAAAAGCAACAACCCAGGAAAAAAGAGUCGCCGUGUUGAGUAUUCCAUUGAAGAAGAUUUGGCAAUCUUGAGGUUUUUGCUGGCAAAUAACUUGUAUGAUAAAGUAGGAGGGAACGCUACAUGGAAAAUAGUUCAUAGAACAUUUCCUAACCAUUCCUAUCAGUCAUUACACAACCGAUUUCGCCGCUUUAUCCUCCCCAACCUCAAGAAAUAUAAAGGUCUCACGAAUAGUGAACGUAAUCUUUUCAGUCGGGUUUCGUUCAGUGGUAACUCAUCCGCAUCUUCACCAGAUAAAUCCGUAGAGAUCGAGAAUGGUAGUAUUUCGUCAUGCAGUGUGAGUCCAAAGAAACCUACGACAAUUGAUAAGGUCGCUUCUGUAGAUGAGCAAGAAUCACCUAAUAUUAGUCUUUCAUCUGUCAGAGAAAAAAUAAAUCAGACAAAUGAAACGGUCAUAGUCGAUGAACUCAUCACGAGAGGGAAAAAACAUGUUUCAUCGAGCAAAGUGGAAGAAAUGGUGCAUUUACAAAUAACUGAGGAAAUAACCAAGGAAGAGAACAAUCCUCUACAAAUAACUGAGGAAAUAAACAAGGAAGAGAACAAUCCUCUGACCCCCAGUUGUCUGGCGAUGAUACUAAACAAUCUUUUUCGGAAGGAAUCAAACGGUGACCCCAUCGAAUUUUAUAUGCGCCGAACUCGUUCUUGUCACCAUGAGAACAAUUUGGAAUUGGAAGGCAAAUGUAGUAAAUUGAAAGAACAAAUUGAGAAAUGCGGAGGGAAUUUCGGGGAGACGCCUCAUAGCUGCCACUCCAUAGAACUUGUCUUUCCUGAAGUGAUUGAGGACAUCGAUGAAAUUGAUUCUGACGUUUUUAAAGCUGAAUACGUAGAAGAAUGCAUCAAGUGUGGAGAUCUUCUUGACUUGGAAAAUUUCAGACUGGGCAAGUCACCCUAUGAUGGUUCAAUAAACAUCAAUAACAUAUUGAAAGGACAUGAUUCGUGGGAAGCUGUAACACGAACCUCUCCUCGAAAAGGCAAAAAACUACUACAUUCGGGUUCAUCUUCCGAAAAAGUUGAAAGUUGCUCUUCUGGAAAAAAGAUACUUGUUGAAUACUCCAUCGAAGAAGAUUUGGCUAUUUUAAAGUGUUUGCUUUACAAAAAUUUGCAUGAUAAAGUUGAACGAAACACUACUUGGAAAAUAGUUAAUCGUGAGUUUCACAAGCACUCAUUGCAAUCUUUACAAAAUCGAUUUCGCCAGUUUAUUCUUCCAAAUCUCGACACCUACAAGGGUUUGACGAAAAGUGAACGCAACCUUUUUAGUCGCUCGAUGAAUGAAAACUCACGUUCGUCCUCGUCAGAAAGAAAGAAACUGUCCAUGAGCCAAAAUGAAUCCUCAACGGCUGAUGAAAUUAGUGAUUCUGAACCGAACGUGGUAUCGAUGCCAUCACCAACAAAAGUUAAGACAUCAUCACCGAGGGUCAUAGCAGAAAGUAGUCUUUCUGGCAGCGACUUGGAAGAUUUGGAAUCUGUAAAAUCAUUGAGGGUGAGGGAAAUCACCCCAAAACGCGCUGGAGAUUUUUCUGUCGAACUGGAUAAAUGUAUUCUUCAAUACAUAAUUCUCAACAAGAGAUAUUCUGACAUAUCUGGGAGGAAACUUUGGAUGGAUAUUCAAGGAUCAUGUUUCAAAACUACAGGACAGGACUGGAAAUCUAUUAAGCGUCGGUUUCAUGACGUUAUCCUAAAAGACUUAGAAUCUAAGGAGUACGCUCUCGAAAAAAACGUAAUUCAGAGAUUCCGUUCCAAUGAGUCGUCUUCCUCAAGCGAGCGGGAUAGUGAUAUCGACGAGGACAAAUUGGUGGCUACAUCUUCUGUGAAACCGCAAAAAUCUGUGCCCAGGUUGUACACUUUAGAAGAAGACAAGUUAAUCAUUGACUACAUCGCCAAGACAAACAGAUACGAGGAAGUACGAGGAAAGAAGUUAUGGGUUGACAUCCAAGAUAAGAUUUUACAUAAGUACAAUCGUUCGUGGGAAUCGGCUAAAAAUCGUUUUCUUCGAAACAUCUUUAAAAAUCUGGGCAAAUUUAACCUUAGUCCAGAUAUUGUCAAAAAGUUUAAACACGGAGCGGUUGUUGAAAGAAAUUUAGGUGGAUGUCAAGGUGGUUUUCUUGAUAAAAAAAGUGAGAGAAGCGGUUCUAGUAAAAAAAAAAGAAACGUAGUUGAGGUAGAAUCGGAAGAGGAAGAACUUCCUAAACAUCCGGCGUUAGCCACCAACAAAAUUCCAACACCGUCGAAGAAGCAGAAGCGUCAACUAUUUAAACAGCCUGUCAUCCCUCUUCCGAUUGUGUUUUCUCCUCAUCCUGCUCCUUCAAGAGUUAACAAAAAACGACAGGUUGAAUCGAAACCAAAUGAAAAGAAAGAAGAUUCGGAAACUGGGGUUGACAAAAUGAAGUCAAAGGAAGCUGUUUCUAAUCUUGCUACAUCACCAACGAAACCUGACGUCCUGACGGAAGCCGUUCCAGCUUUAGUUACUACAUCUCCUGUUCCUGAAGCUUCUUCUAAUUGUCCACUACCUAAACCAUUGCGUUCGGCGCCUUCCGUGCAAUGUUCUGUGGUGGUCAAGCGAUUGACACAACAAGAAUUGGAAAAAUAUGGUUGCAAAAUCAGUUUCACCCACAAGAAUUCGUCCUCUACCCACGUUCAACCAUCGCCCACGCUUCCACCCCUUGUGAUUCCUCCAGGCACACUUCCGCCAGAAAGUCCAGCAACGACCUCGCGCUUUACGGUGGAGAUAUCUCCUUGCCUCCUUGCCGCUAGAUUGAAUGCUGCCGGAUCAUCUGUACCAUCCAUUGGAUCAGCAAACCGUGAAACAGUAUUGCUACCAUUACCAUCGCCUUUGUCUCGAAAAUCCAUAAGGAAAAGCGACCAUCCGAGAUCAACGAAAUCAAAAGAUGACGUCGAUGAAGUGUCUUCUCCUGAGGCAACAACGAGAAUGUCAUCGGAGGAUUCACCGCUCUCAGCAACAUCUUCGACGACCACAGAAGAAAAUUGUAACAUCUAUGACGAAAUAAAUAAUGAAGCUGACUUAGCUACUGAGGUGGAUUCAUCAGUGCCAACAAAUCCCCGCAAUCUUCCGUUUCAGACAAAAAUUCCGAACGAAAAUUUAGCAAGAUUGAUAAAAGACGACCAGUCAAGUGAUGGCUACCAUACUCCCGUCGAGGGUUAACUUUGUCCUCCCAAUCUAAAAUAUUUUCCAUGAAUUUUUUUUUUAAAUCGGCGCUCUUCAUAUUUCAGAAAAAUACAUACUUAUAACUGCAUGUUUUGAAAUGUGUGACAAGGGUGAAAAGUGGAGUGAAAACGUGGAAAAAAAAUUGUUUAAUUGUAUAUAUUUAUUUUAAAUUGAAGUAUUCACCAAGGAUCAAUAAAUUGUUUACAGUUAGGAA